UGAUGGUGAUUUUAUUCCAGAUUUUGUUGUUUGUUAGAGACAGACAGUGUACUCAUUAUGGCCAGACUCCAGUAUGAAAGUGGGAGAAUCAACUGCUUUGUUGCGCAAAGGGACAUGUCAAAAUGCAGAAUUCGGGCACUUUAGCAGGUCUUUAUUCAUAUAAAAAACAAUGUGAUUUAUAGAAAUGUAUAUGUGGUCUAUGUUAAAAAGGGCCGUUUAACAUAACGGGCUUUUAAAAUGUGUGUGCAAUUUCUACUUAAAAUAUCAAAGGGACGCAAAAAGCACUUAUUUCGUGGAAAGACCCAACUAUAUAAGUUUAGAAGAAGCAGUUGUAGUGUAGUCAGUACUAUGCUUAGUACUUACACUACCUGAGCAAAAGUUUUCAUUCCAAAAUCAUGGGCAUUACUAUGUUGGUCUCCCCUUUGCUGCUAUAACAGCCUCCGCUAUUCUGGGAAGGCUUUCCACUUGAUGUUGGAACAUUGCUGCUGGGACUUGCUUCCAUUCAGCCUUAGUCCAAUGAUCAUUAGUGAGUCCUGGCUUACAGUCGUAGUCUGCAUUCCAAAUGUGUUCGAUGGGGUUGAGGUCAGGGCUCUCAAAGUUCUUCCACAUUGAUCUCGACAAACCAUUUCUGUAUGGACCUCGUUUUGUGCACAGGGGCAUUGUCAUGCUGAAACAGGAAAGGGCCUUCCCCAAACUGUUGCCGCAAAAUUGGAAGCACAGAAUCGUCUAAAAUGUCAUUGGAUGCUGUUGCAUUAAGAUUUCCCUUUACUGGAACUAAGGGGCCCGAACCAUGAAAAACAGACCCAAACCAUUAUUCCUCCUCCUCCAAACAGUUGGCACUAUGCAUUUGGGCAGGUAGCGUUCUCCUGGCAUCUGCUAAACUCAGAUUUGUCCAAUAAGUGUGAUCACUCCAGAGAAUGUGUUUCCACUGCUCCAGAGUCCAAUGGCGGCGAGCUUUACACCACUCUAGCCGGCGCUUGGCAUUGUGCAUGGUGAUCUUAGGCUUGUGUGCGGCUGCUCAGCCACGGAAACCCAUUUCAUGAAGCUCCUGACGAACACUUCUUGUGCUGACGUUGCUUCCAGAGGCAGUUUGGAACUCGGUAGUGAGUGUUGCAACCGAGGACAGACCAUUUUUGCAUACUACGCUCUUCAGUACUCGGCUGACCCAUUCUAUGAGCUUGUGUCCCCAACCACUUGCUCCUAGAAGUUUCCACUUCACAAUAACAGCACUUACAGUUGACUGGGACAGCUCUAGAAGGGCAAAAAUGUAUGAACUGUCUUGUUGGAAAGGUGGCAUCCUAUGACAGGUGCCACGCUGAAAGUCACUGAGCUCUUCAGUAAGGCCAUUCUCUUGCCACUGUUUGUCUAUGGAGAUUGCAUGGCUGUGUGCUAGAUUUUAUAUACCUGUCAGCAAUGGGUGUGGCUGAAAUAGCCACCUUCACUAAUUUGAAGGGUUGUCCAGAUACUUUUGUGUAUAUAUAGUGUAUUAAAUGUUGCUAGAGGCAUUUUCCUUGCAGGCUGUACUAGUAGUAUGAGUGCGAGGCGCCAGCACCACUUCCUGAGCGUGUGAAGUGUGAGAGAGGGGGAGAAGGACAUUAGGAGACAAGCUGAGCUGAGCAGAUGGGAGGAUUUACCCAGACACUUGAGCUGAACUCUGUCUCUUAAAAUACUGACAUAAUAAUACUCUAUUUUGUACGGACACACUCUCCACCACCUCCUCACGUCUCUUCCCUCCUCUUCCCCUCUCACUACCAGCGAAGAUGCAAACACUGGGGACCCAGGUAGUGAGAUCAGACCAGAAAUGGGACACAUACCCAAUGUCUGGGUGUAGUCUGUCUCAACCAUAUACUGUGCACAGUGGACUGAAGUAGAUGGGACGGUAUAUGUACAUGCAGUCAGGUCUGGGGUUGGGAUGGUAUAUGUACAUGCAGUCAGGUCUGGGGUUGGGAUGGUAUAUGUACAUGCAGUCAGGUCUGGGGUUGGGAUGGUAUAUGUACAUGCAGUCAGGUCUGGGGUUGGGAUGGUAUAUGUACAUGCAGUCAGGUCUGGGGUUGGGACGGUAUAUGUACAUGCAGUCAGGUCUGGGGUUGGGACGGUAUAUGUACAUGCAGUCAGGUCUGGGGUUGGGACGGUAUAUGUACAUGCAGUCAGGUCUGGGGUUGGGACGGUAUAUGUACAUGCAGUCAGGUCUGGGGUUGGGACGGUAUAUGUACAUGCAGUCAGGUCUGGGGUUGGGACGGUAUAUGUACAUGCAGUCAGGUCUGGGGUUGGGACGGUAUAUGUACAUGCAGUCAGGUCUGGGGUUGGGACGGUAUAUGUACAUGCAGUCAGGUCUGGGGUUGGGACGGUAUAUGUACAUGCAGUCAGGUCUGGGGUUGGGACGGUAUAUGUACAUGCAGUCAGGUCUGGGGUUGGGAUGGUAUAUGUACAUGCAGUCAGGUCUGGGGUUGGGAUGGUAUAUGUACAUGCAGUCAGGUCUGGGGUUGGGAUGGUAUAUGUACAUGCAGUCAGGUCUGGGGUUGGGAUGGUAUAUGUACAUGCAGUCAGGUCUGGGGUUGGGACAGUAUAUGUACAUGCAGUCAGGUCUGGGGUUGGGAUGGUAUAUGUACAUGCAGUCAGGUCUGGGGUUGGGACACGUCUGGGGUUGGGACGGUAUAUGUACAUGCAGUCAGGUCUGGGGUUGGGAUGGUAUAUGUACAUCCAGUCAGGUCUGGGGUUGGGACAGUAUAUGUACAUGCAGUCAGGUCUGGGUUUGGGACACGUCUGGGGUUGGGACAGUAUAUGGAGAAGGUUUAGCGAGGGGUCUGGAUCUUACAGUAAGUAGUCGUGUUUACUUUGUCUCUCCACCCUUCAAUCUUAUAUCGUCUUCUCUCUCUCUCUCUCCGUUUCCUCCCUCGCUCUCUCUCUCUGUCUCUCUUUGUCUCUGUCU